GACCCGCUCGCUGACUCCAACUCUGGUAUUGCGCAUGCAUCGUCGACAGCCGUCGCCGCUGCCAACGCCGGCGACGAGAACGCCGCCGCUGCAGUUCCCUCCGUCUCCGAAGCCAGCGCAGCGGCGCUGCCGUCGCCGCCCGCACACCGGCACCGUCGCCGUGGUGCCACCGCCGCCGCUGUGAGCGCAGCGGACCCUUUACGUGGCUCGGCCCGCACAGCACGCAAUACAAAGCAAACAGAAAGAAAAAAAGAACAGAGGACCCCAUCGCGACCACCAUGGCCAGCGGGUGAUCGUUCACCGCCGACCCGAGCCAGCUUCGUCCACCACAUCGUGUGCGUUUGCCCGGCGACGCGAAUACGCGGAUUCUUUUCGCCGGAGAUGCCACCCAGCGCGUCGCUGCUGGCUGUCGUCGGCCCGCUCGGGCUCCUUCUCCUGACCGCCGUCAAGCUCUGCGGGGCAGACGAACUGCCGGCGUGUCAACCUAAGGACUUCCACUACGAGUUCACCGAGUGCGACGACCAGGGCGGCCGGUGGCGCGUGUCGGUGCCGCGUCCGCAGACGUGCGUGGGCGGCGCGCCCAACGCGCCGCAGCGGGUGGAAGACUGCACGACGUCGUGCGCCGCGGGCUCGUACUUCGACCGGACGCGGCUGGCGUGCGUGCGCUGUCCCGCGGGCAAGUACUCGCUCGGAGGGGGCCUGCGCUUCAGCCAGUGGGACGGCGAACUGCCGCAGGGAAUGCACGUCCUCACCGAGGCCAUCGAGUCGAGCUUCCGCGCUCGGAGGACAAACGGCACCAGCAGCGCCACCGCCUCGAGCGCCGUCAACUGCUCGGCGUACGGUUGGAAGGCGUUCCAGCCCUACGUGGCCUCCCAAGGGGGACCCUGCGUGUCGGUGCUCACCUACUCUGCCAAAUUGGUGAAGCCCGGCGUGCUCACUUAUACGUACCAGUACACCGACGACACCGUCAUCUUCAACUUCGAGGCGCAAAAUGACCAGUGCCAGAGCAUCGAACACUCGGAGAGGUACAAGUGGCCUCAGACGACAGAGGAGGGCAAGUGGAAGACCAUGAACGUUAACCUGCAGGCGGGUCUGAACGUGCUCUACUGGAAGACGGUGGGCAUGGACGCCGGCGAGGGGAAGACCAACAGGCCCGUGAAGAUUAAGAGCAUCGAGAUAAGCGGUGUGGCCUACACGUCCGAGUGCACCCCGUGCGCCCCCGGUACGUACAGCGACACCGAGGGGGCCGUCGAGUGCAAGCCGUGUCCCCUGAACACCUACUCCAUCGGGGACGCCUCCGAGUGCAAGGCGUGCGGACCAGAGGAGUUCGCCCUGCCCGGCUCGUCGCAGUGCGGCAAGCGUCCGGCUUGCACGCCGGACGACUACUAUGAGAUUCGCAGCCCGUGCGACCACCGCACCAACAUGACGACGGUGUCGUACGACUGGGUGUCGCCCAAGGUGUGCGACCAGCACCACCCGGACUCGGUGCACCUGCCGGUGUCCGGCAUGACGGUGGCCUGCCCACCCUGCAACCCCGGUAUGCACCACGGGAACAGGCACAUGUGCGACUACUGCCCGCCGGGCAACUACUCGGACGGAUACAAAGAAUGCCAAGACUGUCCCGCAUCGACGGUGCCGAACUACGGAUUCUUCCUGAAGACGUGGCAAGAGCUUCCAAGCAACAUGGCGUCGCGCUGCAUGAGCCUACAAGGCUGGGGCUGCCGCAACGCGACGGCCUGGAAGGCGUCCGGCGGCUACGUGCAGAGCGGCCAAGGGCACGGCGAGGACGCCUACCUGAUCCUGUCGCUGGAAGUCGGAGGCUUCCGACGCCGCGACGUGUUCUUCGGCGGCCGCACCACGGCCUACGGCACCGUCAGCUUCACCUUCGAGCUCGACUGUUCCGGCCUCUGCGAGCUCGUCUUCAUGUCCGUAAGGGAAUCAUUCGUGGUCACUAACCAAUCUAACACAAGGCAAGGCGUGUCUGUCGUGAAGUCUUGGACUGGCAGGCAGGAGAAACAACACUACACGUACUACGUGCAGCAGAACGACAGCUACACGUUCAGCUGGGCGUUCCAGAGGUCGGCCAGCGACCCGGCCUCGCCGCGCAGUAACCGGCGACGCCAGCAGACCGAGGACUCAGCCAUCAUCUACGACAUCCACGUGACCAACACCGUUCGCGGUGGAGCGGAGAAGUGCAUCCCUUGCCCCGAAGGGAGCGAGGCCAAAGGGUGCAUCCCUUGCGGUCCGGGCCAGUACAUCGAGGACCGAGAGAACCUUGUGUGCAAGCAGUGCCCGGCCAACACGUACGUGACCGAGAGGCUGCCGUACGGUGUCUCUUCCUGCAAGUCCUGCGGGCCAGGGCUGCGCAGCGAGAACGGGCAGGCCUGCUACAGCGACUGCCGCGUCUACCUGCAGCAAGGGGACGAGUUCGACUUCCACACGCUGCCGUCGUACCUGGAAGUCCGAGGCCGCAAGCUGUUCACGGCUAGCGGAACUCAGUACUACCACGUGUUCAACAUCAGCCUCUGCGGUAACGAAGGAAAACCGGUGGCCGUGUGUGGGAACAACGUCACGUACCACAUGCAGGACGAGUUCUCCGGCGACAGUGUCAUGUCCCAAGUGUGCAGAUCAACAAUCGUGCCUUCGCAGCAAGCUGACAUCGGCACGCCGCUGGCCAUUCAGUCUGUGAGCCUGGGAGACGAGUUGGUUGGUAUCACGACCCGACCAUCGUACAAUGACAUCGACGUUCUCAAGGAGUUCCUUCCAGGUCCCGGCCAGAAACCGGAUGUGCAUUUCUUCUAUUACUCAGCCACGCCAACGCAGGCGUGCCUGAAAGGCCGUGCCACCACCAUCACGAUGCGAUGCGACAAGAACGCCGGCGCCAAUGGAACCGUGUCGCUGCCCACGUCGUGUCCCGACGGCACGUGCGACGGCUGCUCCUUCCAUUUCCUGUGGCGGACGGCGCUUGCCUGCCGAAUCUGCAAGCCGGACGACUACCAGGUCGUGAAAGGCGAGUGCGUGGGCGGCGUUCAGAAGCUGCACUACAUCUCGCCCCAGGGAUGCAUACCGCGCGGCAGCGCCGCCGACACCAUGACCCGCACGCAGCCCUGUUCGGUGAUCCCUCGCCAACUGCAGAUCAUCAUCGCCAUCGGGGUCGGCCUUGGCGUGCUCUUGUUCGGCCUGCUCGUCUACUUCUGGAAGAAGAACAGGAGGCUGGAGUACAAGUACAUGAAGCUGGUCCAGUCCAGCUCGGGCAAGGACGGCGAGCUGCCGGCGGCCGAGAGCUGCGCCAUUGAGGAGGACGAGGAGGACCACUUCGAGAACGGCGGCUACGACGCCAAGAACAACAAGGGACUCCUGCAGAAGUUCCGCACCGUCCGCAUCGGAAGCGGUAAGAGUGGAGAGGGACACCACUUUGAAACUAUCCACCUGACCAAAGGCGAGAUGGUGUCGUGAAGGGGGCAGGUGUCGGCUGCGCCACCCGCUCCAAGUCGACAACCAACUGUGACAACAAUGACACCGCAGGAGCUUCACAAGGAGGGGAGGCAACACCAAAGAGCUCUUGUGCACCAUUAAAUCCCAAGGCACACCAUUCAUGUAAUUGGUGUACAAACACAAGGCGAAAACAUUCCAGUGUUAUUUUUAGUAUACUCAGUCCAAUUUCUCAUGACUGCACGUGCGUGUACAAGUGCCCCAUUAUGUCUAGUAUAUCACAAAACAAAACAAAAAAAGGAAAAUGUAGAGCGAGAGCAUAUGCCCAUGCAAGCAAGGUCAUGUGUUUGGGUGUUGCUGUACUGUGAAAUGUGACUGCAAGGCUGGGCGGUGGCGUUUGUGGGUUAUCACGUUACAUGCACUGUUUUGUACAGCUGGGCAGAAAUAUAUCAUGUUUUCCUUUUUGAACGCGGUUGAAUGUAUUGUCAUGCUAACGCUUUGUUGUGUGUGUAUCGAUGGUGUUUUUUCAAGUGCUGCCACUUUUUUCAAACGAUGUACCACAUGCGGUCGACGUGACCGUGAUGACUUAAAACUGUGUAGUCGUUCUUCAAAGAAGAAGAAAAAAAAAGAAGCUUCUGCCGUACUUACUAAAGUGCCUGUUGUUCUCUGAAACUGUUUAAUGGCAUGACUGUUUCGUAGCACCAAAGAUAUAUAUACAUAUAUAUAUAUACAUACAUAUAUUAAUCGUGCACGCAUGCUUGCUGUUGUUUUUCCAGCAGUUAGCAGGUUGUCAAAACGAAAGAUGCUGUGGCUGAGCAUACUGCUUGUGACUUCAAUGUGGCCACUACAGGCUGACAAAAAAAAAAAGAGAGGAGACUUGCAUUAUUUUCAUAUGUGCCAGCUCUAUUUGUGAUAGCAAAGCAAAAACCAAUGUGUUGUGCCUUCGCAAUGGGGUUGGAGUGCACACACUUUUGUUUGUUUGCAGGCAUAUCUGAGUGGCCUCGUUGCGUGGGCUGCGCACCAUGUGAUCAUUUUGUAUGCACCUUUGUCUCUGCGGAGGUACGAUGUGCGAGAAAGGUUCCUCACAUGGGAGUAUUAGAAGCAUACGAGCAUGAAAAAAUGUGAUGUCAUUGCAUAAGAUGGCAAAAGACGCGUCCCAUACUGCUAGCGAUUCGAUUACGUGACAGAAGAAUGAGUGCGAGUGUGACGAUGGGAUCAAAGGUUAUUAGGCACUUCCACCUUUGUAAAUAGGCUUAGCACUUGUGGCCCUGCGCACUUUAACUGUAAUAUGAAGUGGUCAUUAUAUAGGAACUGAUUUCCCGCGACUUCGACCUACUGAAACUUCCUCAUUGAACCAGCUUUAUGCACCUGUUCUUAGAGUGAAGGUUAACAUUAGACAUGCAUAGCUUUAACUCGUUUUACAUUUCUUACGUGACAUAUGCAAACAGGCAGGCAGAGAAAAAUGGAUCAUGUGCAGCUCUAUGGUGUGGUAUCAUGUUGUAGCAAAGCUAUUAAUAAAGAUUACAAUAAAUGCACAUGUAUUUGAAACCAA